GAAUACUGAGAUUCAGGUUUUCCCCAGACGCAAAAGCGGGCUCGAUUUCCUUUUCAGGGGAAAGAACAAGCUGCCCAGGCUCUUGGCUUUUGACGUCAUUAGCCAUCCACCACCAGUCCCGACGCGCUGGAUUCCUCCACCAGCCAAGCACCAAGAAAACUCCAAGCUCUCCGAGCUGUACCGAAGCUUUCUGGUCUCAGCACAGUUGCGGUAUUGGUGGCAGUGGAAGUACUGAAAGCACUUUAUACAAGAAACUCAUUUAAAUCCACAACCAAUUGGCUGGCAGUUAUGGUUGGGAAACGCGGCGUCUUCAACAACCAGUCUCAGCCGCUGCUCAAGACGAAAAACCAUAGCGACACUAAAAUCCGGAGCCACGGCACGCCACGCCAGCAGCGAGUCGAACGCGAUCUCGAAAACGGCAACGAGUAUUACAGCUACAACAACUCGCCUCUCGCCCGCCGCCGACCCAACAUAUGGCGCUUCCAGGAUGCCGCCCAGACGGUCAUAGACGACAACCGCCGUGCUCAGCUGCAGAAGGAGCUGCUGCACGGCAUCGACCGCAUGACCUUUGAGAAGUCUCGCAAGUCACAGGAAGAGAUUGCUCAGAUCAAGAACAAGAAGCUACGUGCGUUCUACGAGGAGCAGAACGAGCGCAUCAACGACUGGCUCGAGGUCGACGCCGUGGUCAUGGCCAUCGCCGACGACGUGCUCGAGUCUAUGGAUCCCGACCCGGACCGCGAUGGACACAUGGAGCGGCAUGGCGGCCUGCACGAUGUGCACGGGCGCAUCGACGAGCUGCUACCGCUCGAGGUUCAGCAAAAGCGAGCCAACGAGAAGAAGAAGGCGACCUGGGCCAUCAACAUCAACGUGCUUGCAAACAUACUGCUGGUGCUUGCCAAGAUCCUUGCUGUCUUCACAACCGGCUCUUUGUCUCUGCUUGCCUCCUUGGUGGACUCGGUGCUUGAUUUAUUAUGCACUGUUAUCAUUUGGACGACGAACAAGGUCGUUGGAUGGCGUCUCGACUCGCUUCAAAAACGUUUCCCUGUUGGACGCCGUCGGCUGGAACCUUUGGGGAUCGUGGUGUUUUCCAUAAUCAUGGUACUUUCUUUCAUGCAGAUUCUGAAAGAGUCUGUUGAGAAGCUGUUGCCCCUGGAAGGACACGUCGAAGACCUCGGUUCCACUGCUGUCGGCUCGAUGCUGGCCACUAUCAUUCUCAAAGGCCUGAUAGGACUCGGUUGCCUGCCCAUAAAAACGACCCAAGUUCAAGCUCUAGUCCAGGACUGCAAGACCGACGUCAUCUUUAACACGAUCUCCCUGUUGUUUCCCUUCAUCGGAGCAAAGGCCCACAUAUGGUGGCUCGAUCCCGCUGGAGCCGCUCUACUUUCCCUAUAUAUCAUAUACGACUGGGGUAAGACGUGUUUCGAAAACAUUAUUCGCCUGUCGGGCGAAAUCGCCGACCGUCACACGUACCAAAAGCUCAUGUAUAUGGCAUACCGCUUCUCGCCCGUGGUCAUCGGCGUCAAGAAUAUUGUCGCUUACCACUGCGGUGAUGGAGUCUGGGCGGAGUUCGACUUGCUGCUAGACGAAAACACCAGUCUGCGCAGGAGUCACGACAUUGCGGAAACGCUGCAAUACUGCGCCGAGGGCCUGACAGAAAUCGAUAGAUGUUUUGUGACUACCGACUAUUCUUCUUCUGGGCCUGCUGGGCACGGGCAUGCCAUUGAGUCUAGUUGAGACUUCAUUUGCGCUGUUGUGUUCAAGUUGAAAGAUUAAAGUUGGAAAUCUGAUAGGUGCGUUGUGUAUUGGGGACGGAAUCGCAGCAAGUGUUUGAUUUGGGGGAAAUUUGAAGGAAGGAUAUACUUGGUAGAUUCCAGAUUGAGUCAGAGAAAGGGGUCGGAGAUGGAGCUGAAAUAAAAAUGACUGGCAACCAAAAUGAUUAGACAAAGCG